CGAAAAGCGACCCAGUGACGGAAGAAGUUAGUUGAGCUGCACAGCACACGGACAAGACCAUGGCGGAUUCUUCUGAGUCGUUCCACAUGGCCACGAGCCCCAGCAGAGCCUCCAGGAGAGGCGAUCUGACCUCCAGCCCAGGCAGAGACCUGCCUCCCUUUGAGGAUGAGUCUGAGGGUCUGCUGGGGGACGGACACCUGCCUGAGGAGGACGAGGAGGACGGCGACGGCGAGGAACUGAUUGGAGAUGGGAUGGAGAGGGACUACCGGGCCAUUCCAGCUCUGGACCAGUACGAAGCCGAGGGUCUGGACCUGGACGACGAGGAACUGUCAGAGCUGUCGCCUAGCGCUCGGGCUGUCGCUGAAGAAGCCAUGAGGAGACGGGACCGCGAACAGGGAGUCAGCGGGCGCUUGAGGAGGGGGCUGCUCUAUGACAGCGAAGAUGAAGACGAGGAGCGUCCUGCAGCCCGCAGGAGACGACUGGCCGAGCGAGCCGCCGAGGGUGUCGCUGACGGAGAGGACGAGGAAAUGAUCGAGAGCAUUGAGAACCUGGAGGACAUGAAGGGUCACACGGUGCGUGAGUGGGUUUCCAUGGCAGCACCCAGACUGGAGAUCUACAACCGCUUCAAGAACUUUCUGCGGACUCACGUGGACGAGAACGGUCACAACGUGUUCAAGGAGAAGAUCAGCGAUAUGUGUAAAGAGAAUAAGGAGAGUCUGGUGGUCAACUACGAGGAGCUGGCUGCGAGGGAACACGUGCUGGCGUACUUCCUGCCCGAGGCGCCCACCGAGAUGUUGAAGAUCUUCGACGAAGCGGCGAAGGAGGUGGUGCUCGCCAUGUACCCAAAAUACGACCGUAUCGCUCACGAGAUCCACGUUCGGAUAUGCAACUUGCCAUUGGUGGAGGAGAUCCGCUCGCUCAGGCAGCUGCACCUGAACCAGCUGAUCCGCACCAGUGGCGUGGUCAGCAGCUGCACUGGUGUGCUGCCGCAGCUCGGCAUGGUCAAGUACAACUGCAACAAGUGUAGCUUUGUGCUCGGACCCUUCUUCCAGUCUCAGAACCAGGAAGUGAAGCCUGGCUCUUGCCCUCAGUGUCAGUCGCAGGGGCCAUUUGAGAUCAACAUGGAGGAGACAGUGUACCAGAACUACCAGCGGAUCACCAUCCAGGAGAGUCCGGGCAAAGUGGCAGCCGGUCGCCUGCCGCGCUCCAAAGAUGCCAUCCUGCUGGCCGACCUGGUGGACAGCUGCAAGCCUGGAGACGAGAUCGAGCUGACGGGAAUUUACCACAACAACUAUGACGGCUCGCUCAACAUGGCCAACGGCUUCCCUGUCUUUGCCACCGUCAUCCUCGCCAACCACAUCACUCGGCGGGAUGAGGGCGUGGCCGUUGGCGAGCUGACUGACGAGGACGUGAAGGCCAUCGUGACGCUCUCCAAGGACGAGCGCAUUGGCGAGAGGAUCUUCGCCAGCAUGGCGCCCUCUGUCUAUGGACAUGAGGACAUCAAGAGAGCGCUUGCCCUGGCGCUGUUUGGUGGUGUACCCAAGAAUCCAGGAGGGAAACACAAGGUGAGAGGAGACCUCAACGUUCUACUGUGCGGUGACCCAGGAACGGCAAAGUCCCAGUUCCUCAAGUACGUUGAAAAGGUGGCAAGUCGCGCCGUCUUCACCACCGGCCAGGGGGCGUCAGCCGUUGGUUUGACUGCCUAUGUGCAGAGACACCCGGUCAGUCGUGAGUGGACACUGGAGGCCGGAGCCCUGGUACUGGCUGACCGGGGCGUCUGUCUCAUUGACGAGUUCGACAAGAUGAACGACGCGGACAGGACGAGCAUCCACGAGGCUAUGGAGCAGCAGAGCAUCUCCAUCUCCAAAGCUGGAAUCGUCACGUCGCUGCAGGCGCGUUGCACCGUCAUCGCUGCCUCCAACCCCAUCGGCGGCAGGUACGACCCCUCACUGACCUUCGCUGAGAAUGUGGACCUCACGGAACCCAUUGUGUCCCGAUUUGACAUUCUUUGCGUGGUCCGCGACACCAUUGACCCGGUUCAGGAUGAGAUGUUGGCCCGUUUUGUGGUGGGCUCACACAUCAAACAUCACCCAGGAAAUAAGGAGGGGGGCAUGGCUCUGGAGGAGAUGGUCCUGCCCAACUCCUCCGACGUUCCGCCAAUCCCGCAGGAGCUGCUCAGGAAGUACAUCAUCUACGCCAAAGAGCGGGUCCACCCCAAACUAAACCAGAUGGACCAGGAUAAAGUGGCCCGGAUCUACAGUGACCUGCGAAAGGAGUCCAUGGCGACCGGCAGCAUCCCCAUCACGGUCCGACACAUCGAGUCCAUGAUCCGCAUGUCCGAGUCACAUGCCAAGAUGCACCUGCGGGACCACGUGCUGGAGGACGACGUCAACAUGGCCAUCCGGGUGAUGCUGGAGAGUUUCAUCGACACGCAGAAGUUCAGUGUCAUGAGGAGCAUGAGGAAGACUUUCGCCAGGUACCUGGCUUUCCGUCGCGACAACAAUGAGCUGCUGCUCUUCAUCCUGAAGCAACUGGUGGCUGAGCAGGUCUCGUACCAGAGGAACCGCUACGGGGCUCAGAACGACACCAUCGAGAUCUCUGAGAAAGACCUGCAUGACAAGGCACGGCAGAUCAACAUCCACAACCUGUCUGCGUUCUAUGACUCGGAACUUUUCCGCUCCAACAAGUUCACUCACGACGGCAAGAAGAAACUGAUCGUGCAGCAGUUUUGAGUGUUGCUUCUGCCUUGAAUGUUCCUGUUGUGCUAGAGCUUCUGUAAAUAACUAUGUAUUUGUUCAUGAAACAAAGU